AUGGCUAUCUCUAACGAUCAACCUUGCAUUUCCUUCCGCGCUCUUGUGCUCUGCGUUUCUUUCAUCAAGUGGCACUUCAUUCCAGAGGUGCCCAUGAUGUGGGUAAUGCCUUUCUGCUUCUUCUUUGGCGUCGUUUUCCCUUUGGUUCGGUGGGGGCUUUCGCGUCCCAACAAUCGGUUGACUCACGUCCCGAUUGCUAACAAUGCUGACUGCUCGGCCGGCGUGCCGUUGCGGGCGGCCAGGGAAAAGCUCCAGUGGUUCCAUGCAAGGCGCAAGCCUGCCAGUAUCCUGGUAUGUUGUUUUCUACACGACCAGUAG